AUGGAGGGACAAGAGGCCAGAGCGGAGAAUUAUCGCGAUGCAGCGGCCAUGCUGCUCAUCAAAAUGGGUCGUUCGCCGGAUGAGCAGAUCACCAUUUCGCCAGCUGACGAUGCCCGGAUUUUACGACGUAUUGACAUUGCGUUGCUCCCCCUCAUGCUCUCGGUAUACUUCCUACAAGCGUUGGACAAAGCAACAUUAUCAUAUGCCUCAAUAUUCGGGCUUAUCGAAGACACCAACCUCGAAGGCGAUCAGUACUCAUGGCUCGGCAGUAUUGUGUAUCUCGCGCAAUUAAUAAUGCAACCGCCUCUCGCACUCGCAUUGGUCAAGUUACCCAUCGGAAAACUCACGAGCGCCAUGGUUCUGGCGUGGGGAGUCACGCUUGUUCUCAUGACCUGGGCGAGUAAUUUCAAGACAUUGAUGGUUGCGCGGUUCUUUCUGGAUGUGGUGGAGGAGAAGAGAGCAGACUUUGAGAAUUGGGUCAUGCUUGGGAGUCUCAUUACUUAUGGGCUUGCACGUAUUGAUUCCAAGAUGAAGCCCUAUCAGAUCAUCUUCCUCUUCUUCGGCGCAAUCACAGUCGGAGUCUCCUUCGUCAUGUUCUUCUGGAUGCCCGACUCCCCCACUGAAGCCAAGUUUCUCACCGACGAAGACAAGAUCAUUGCGAUCGAGCGUCUUCGCAACAACCAGAUGGGCGUCAUGUCUCGAGAGUGGAGGAUGUCCCAUGUUGUUGAGACACUGAAGGACCUCAAGACAUGGUGUUGGGUUGCCAUGAUCUUCUGCAUCUCGGUUCCUUCAAAUGGCAUUUCGACUUUCGGGCCCUUGAUCAUCAAGUCAUUUGUGUCAGAUCCCUUUGAGACGAUGUUGUUCAAUGUACCUGUUGGGGUUUCGCACAUCAUCGCGGUGUCGGCGAGUGCCUAUAUAGCCAUGAAGUGGAAGCUCAAGGGCCCGGUUAUUGUUAUGCUGUGUAUACCUCCCAUCGUUGGAUGUGCCAUUAUGUUACACUUUGAGCAUAAUGUUGAGAACAAAGGGGUUCUGCUAGCGGGUUACUUCUGUUUGUGCACAUACACUGGUAUCACACCCUUGAUUUACUCAUGGUCAGCACAAAACACGGCUGGCGACACGAAGCGCAAGUCCACGUCAGCGCUCAUCUUCAUCAGCGCCUCAGCCGGCAACAUCGUCGGUCCUCUCCUCUACUCUCCCGACGAAGCACCAGCCUACACCCGCGGUCUUCGCUCCAACCUCGCACUCUACAUAGUCGUUAUCGCUCUCGUAGUGGUAACUUCUCUGCACCUCACCCGAUUGAACCGCCUUCACAGCCAACGCCGAGUCGCGCUUGGAAAGAGUGCGGUGCUUGUGGAUCGAAGUCUUGAAACCGCGGAAGAGGCGGAGAGGAUAGAGCACAUGGAGAGAUCAUUGCGUGGAGGGGUCCUGCGUGAAGCAGAAGACAACGAGGAUGGUAGGGUUUCCGAGGCGGGAGAUUUAGAAGGGGAUCGGGCGAAUCGGAAGGAUGAAGAUAAAGGAUUUGGUGAUAUCACGGAUUUGGAGAAUGAGGAUUUCUUGUUUGUGUUUUGA